AGAAACGCCAGUCACUGAAGAAGGACACAUCACUUGAACGACAACAGUUGAAUAACUGUAUUGGACUUUGGAUUUGCACCCCCCUCAGGUAAUGGACAGCAGGAUCAGACCGCUUGGCCUGGCCGGGCACACCGCCAACACGCUCGGUGGCUUGCAGGUGCCCCCUUCCCUCCUGCACCCUCCGCCUCUCUUCCUCCGGGCUUGUAACCCCUCGCUGGAGAGGGGCUACCCCCGCACGCCCAAGUGCGCCAGAUGCAGGAACCACGGCGUGGUGUCCGCGCUGAAAGGCCACAAGCGCUUCUGCCGCUGGAGAGACUGCGUGUGUGCAAAGUGCACGCUGAUAGCGGAGAGGCAGCGGGUGAUGGCGGCGCAGGUGGCACUGAGGCGGCAACAGGCUCAGGAGGAGAGCGAGGCCCGGGAGCUCCGGCUCUUGUACCCGGGCUCAGGGGUCGGUGGGGAAACAGGGAUCCCUCAGGGGUCACCCGUUGGCCCCGGGGUGCCAGCGGCUACCAGCAACACUCCAACAGCCUCCAGUUUUGAUGUUUUUGGACCAGAGAACCAAAACGAUGAUGACAAACUGAACAAGUACAACUUUUAUAACGGAUUGAUGGGUCGGCCCCUCUUCGCACCCCACACCGCGCGGCUGCCCUCCCCAAAUGACAAAAAGGAUCUGUCUCCCAGCAAGGACGAUGACAGCUCGUGUCCAUCCCCGGCGUUUGAUCACACAGGGAGUCCGCAGAGGUCGCUCUCCCCCUCGGAUCCAGAGUCAGGCAGCGAGUCGGAGAAACGCAAGGACUACCCGAGCCUGGACCGGGACCCCACCGAUAUCAUGACCAAGAUCUUCCCCCAUCAGAAACGGGACACCCUGGAGUCUAUGGUGAGAACGUGCAAAGGCGACAUCGUCAGAUCCAUUGAACUGGUGUUGAACUCCAAAGAGAACAAAAUCGACUCCGACCCAAACGCACUCAGGCCUUCUGUUGGAGUGCCCGGGGCGCUUGGUGCUCUGGGGAACAAGUCCGCCUUCUCCCCGCUCCACAUGCCACCGACGGCCGCAGGGGGAGACAGUCUGUAUGGGUUCGGCCCUCGCCUCGGUGUCAGCCCCUUACGACUGGCCUAUUCCACUGCAAACGGUGGCAUGGCAGGUUUCAUGUCGCCAUACAUGACAUCGGGACUGAUGCCAGUGUUUCCACUGCGUCCAGCCUUGGACUCAUAUUCCUUCCCGGGCAUGAUCCGAGACCUUUCCUACCUUCAGAGCAAGGAGACACUAUGCAGCACAGGUCUUUACACUCGACUUAACAGUGAAAAAUGACAAAUGAACGUGAACACAUGAAACUGUCAUUGUAAACGGGCUUUCAGAUUUAGCUUUAAGCCGCCUUGUAGUGCCUCAGGACCCAGCUAAAGUGCAAAUUCAAGUCACUGCAUUCUGAUUUUCCAAAUAUUUCCUUUUUUUUUGUGUCGGCUACUACAUGUUGUAAAUAGUGUUUAUUAUUAAUAAAGCUCUCAAAAGAUG